GAUUAUAUUUAUACAGUCUCUUUUUUCGAGGAAAUAUAUAGAACGGCCGGCGAUGACUGAGGUGGGUUUAAACUUUAGCUUUUGUGGCGAAGAAGCCAAGUUAUUAACGGAAGCCAACUUCACGAAAUGCGGCCGACAAGUGUUUUGUGGGACUUUGGUGUUUUGCGAAUACGAAGCAAUGAUGAAUACGUCGCUCAAUUUCAACGCAAGUUUGAAGUGUAGCACAGCCGGGCUUAUUAUCAACCUUGUGAUUAUGUCUCUUCUGUCGUUUAUAAUCAUAGUCGGGAACGGGUUGGUAAUUUAUAUUAUGAUCAAGAAAAGACAAUUUCACAAUUUUCAAAUGUGCAAAAUGUCGCUUGCUUUUGCUGAUAUACUUAUGGGGCUCAUAGUAAUACCGGGCCUUAUAGAGAGUAUGGUGCUGAUGUUUUUCCGAGCUAACCCUGAAGGACUUUCAUUCUUGUGUCUGUAUGAAAGGCAAUCGCAGGCUCACAGGGGGAAGAUCGUUUUAUACGGCGGCGCUGCCACGGGAUCUGUCGCCGCGAGUUUGUACAGCCUGCUAGUGCUUAGUGGUGAUCGUUUCUUUGCUGUUGUUCGUCCGUUCAUUUAUCAAAGAGUGAUCGCACCCAAAAGGCACAUUGUAAAGAUCAUUUUAAUUGUCGUGUGGAUGGUUUCCAUUUUCCUGACGUCCAUACCGCUGUUUUGGGAUGACAUCACUUACCGAUUACCGAUAUGGAUGUUCGCUUCCGCACCUUUGGGCAGCCCAUGCAACAUGAUAGCGUCAGUGUUUCCCAUCGUGGUGCUCGCUAUACCGUACGGGGCGACGGUGGGUCUCACACUGGCAACACUGAAGAUUACAACCAGAAACUUGGCAGAGGCAGAAGCGAAACGUGGGAUGGGCAGAGGUAGUUUGGUUCGUAAGGAAAGUUUGGUAUCCACUCGAUUCUCUGCAUUUCAAAAUAAUUCUGAAACAAGACAGUUGAUGAUAACAGUUGCGAUCAUGAUAACCUUUUUCUCCAUGAUGAUGUUACCGUUCACUAUCAUGAUGCCUCUCAUAUAUUCCACCAUCAUGCCAUGCAGGGAACUGAACUGGCUCAAGUUAGUUGCAAGUGAAUUUCUCAUGGCGAACAGCUGCGUAAACUUCAUCGUGUACAAUGUACGUAACAAGGACUUCAGGGAAAGCGUGAAAGCCACGUUGCGUUUGGUGUUUAGAUAUGCAUCUUAUAGGCGCGAUAAACGAAAAUCGUCCAAGUUUCGUAAAUCAGUUCAUCGUAUCAGUCGAAUCGUCCCAUCCUUACCAACAACCACCGAAGUAAAUGAUGAUAUGGAGUCUACAACUGCUUAUCUGCCGAAGCCAAAUAAUUAAUAAUCUUUGGGACUGUGUCUAUAAAAAAGAGCUCGAGUCGUAAUCAGAAGGUACUGGAUUCAAAGCUCGAUGAUGCCAAUCUUUUGGCAUGUGUGCACUUGUAAAAACACCGCAGUAAUUGCUCCAACUCAGAGAUUACUCAUUAGUUGUCCAAGUUAUCGUUUAUUUAUUAAAAGGUGCACAUUUCCUGUGUUUUACUUUUGAGUCGCCUGACACGCGCGAGGGUAGGUAAAUACAAUUUGUUUACUGA